CAUAUCAAAACUUUAGGUUGUUUGGAUCUUUCGUAUGAAGCUUUUCUCCCAUUUCCGAUCCGAAUUGUUGCGUCCACGAUAUAUCCGCACACGAUGCAGAACAACAUCCUCGCGGUCCCCUUUCGUAAGGGGACCCAUCUUUCUCUAUCAUCAUCUAUCCGUCAAUACAUCUCUACCAAAUAUGACCAACAUCCGGAUAUGUUCCGUCAGGAUCUCGAGGUAAUCGAUGCGUUGAGGCGCGAUGCUGUAAACGUGCGCGAACCACAUCCUAGUGGUGUCGCGAGGCUCCAGGCCUAUGCUGGGCAGUUAGUCUGGAUUGGUGGAAAGUUCCCUAUAGAUAUUGGUGCAGACUUUACGUGGUAUCCCGCCCUGGGUUACAAUACCGAGCGACCUAUAGUGCACAAUAACCUCAAAUUCGAGCUUGCCAACAUCCUAUACAACCUCGCCGCUUUAUAUUCGCAGCUAGCUAUAACUAGCAACCGUUCGAGUACCGAUGGCCUCAAAAAUGCAGCAAGCUAUUUCAGCUACUCGGCAGGCGUCUUGUCACACCUUAAGAAAGAGGUCAUACCCGAAUUACGAACCACGCCCCCGGAAGAUAUGGACGAGCACACAUUGGAUUCCUUAAUACAACUGCAGCUGGCUCAGGCGCAAGAAUGCUACUGGCAAAAGGCCGUUAUGGACGGCUACAAGGAUGCUUCAAUCGCUAAGCUGGCUGCAAAGGUUUCAGAUCUAUAUAACGAAGCGGGGGAAGCGGCUAUGCGGUCGGAGGCUGUAAGCAGUUCAUGGAUACAUCACAUGAGCGCAAAACACCAUCAUUUCGCCGGAGCCGCCCAAUACCGUGCCGCUUGUGACUGUUUAGAAAAGCGAAAAUACGGCGAGGAGGUGGCAAGGUUACGCGACGCUGUUGCUUGUGUGACAGAGGGCCUUAGGGAAACCCGCGGAGGUUAUUUGCAUAAAACAGUCGCAGACGAUUUAAAUGGGUUAAAAAGGAGAGUUGAGGAAGACCUAAAGAGAGCCGAAAGGGAUAACGAUGUGAUUUAUCUAAACCCAGUACCACCAAAAUCCGAACUCAAGAUCCUCGACCGAGCCGCCUUGGCCACUGCACGAAUACCACCACAAAUUUCAGCACCUUUAGAUUACCUCAGUGAGAAGGGUGAAUUCGGGCCUCCACUCUUUACGAAACUCGUCCCAUAUUCCGUCCAUAUCGCUGUAUCCAUCUAUGAGGAACGAAGAGAUCGCUUAGUCAACCAAAAUAUUAUAGGCGAGCUCGAAGUCCUCAACGAAAAGAUCCACGAAAUCCUUUCAUCGCUAAACCUACCGGGCUCGCUUCAGGCUUUUGAAAAGCCACUUGGUCUACCCGGAACCUUGAUUCAGCAUGCCGAAGAAAUUCGUCAGGCAGAUGCUUUACAUCGUUUGCAAAGAAGUUUUGCAGAUAUCGAUAAGCUGCGCGCCGCUGAUCUAGCUGUAUUUGAAGAAGGGAAAACCCUUUUGGAAGCUGAAGAGGAUGAAGAUAUUCAAUUACGGAGGAAAUAUGGCACAGAACGAUGGUUGCGACCAGAGAGUCGUUCUGAACCGGAACAGGGUGCAAAACUCUGGAAGCAGGUAAUGGAUGCAACGGGCUGGUUUACGAACAGUGCGAGCAGCGAUGGACUUGUACGUGACAAGUUCCACAGCAUAGAGCCGACAUUGGCAGUUCUCGCCGGGCCAAACCAUAGUUUGCUCGACUUCGUGCCUUCAUCGCGCCGCACAGAAAUACCAGAAGCGUUGAAACCUGCAAUCGGUCGUUUACGCACUGCCUAUAACAACAUAACACGUCUCGAAGGGCGUCGACGUAGAAAGGCCGAGGCCCUUCGUGAAAAGGCUCGGAGCGACGACAUUAAGUCAGAUAUUCUCGCCGAAGCAGCGCGCUUAGAGCGAGCCAAUACAGUAGCAACUGCUAUUGUGCCUGUGCACUUUGAAGACUUCUUUGAGAAGCGCUUAGACUCGCUUUACGAACCGGACCUCGAACUCGUACAAACAGAGGCAACCGAGCAGGAAAAGCUCGUCUCGGAAGUAAUACGAGUGAACCGUGAAUUCGAAAGCCAGAGAAAAAUCGUGGACGAUAAGGGCAACAAAGAAAGGGAACAGACCCUUCAAAAACUAGAAAACGCAUAUCACAAGUAUAAGGAGUUGACCAAUAACACGGAGGCCGGCCGCAAGUUCUACAACGAUCUCAGUCGCAUAGUAGGCGGUUUCCGAGACGGUGCACGGAGCUUUGUGGCUGAGAGGAGACGUGAGGCACAUCUACUUGAGGAAGAGCUGAAUAUGCCUCCAUUGGGCAACUUAAAUCUAGGAGGGCAACCGAGCCAUGGACAACCACCUAUACAACAAAACAUCCCUUCGAACGGGUGGGACAACGGCUCGGGAUAUCAAGGUCAGGUACACCAACCACCGCAGAACUCUUAUAUGAUGCCACCCCCGCAAUCUCAACAACAAAUACAUACUCCCGCCGAGGCUCAUAUUCAAUCGUGGGCGCCAGCCGGAGAGACAGUGGCUCCGCAACCGCAACCUCCGAGGGCAAAUCCUAUGCAGGGCGUAUGGAAUCCCGGGGCGGGCAUCAAAUUUGCUAAUUCGCCACCUGCAGCAUCGCCAGCGACGGGUGCUGGGGGAAAUAAAUCUCAGGAACAGAGGCCGGUGAGUAGGACUUGGGACCGGAAUAGCGCGAUAAGGUUCGGUUAGCAAGCGAAUACUUCGCGUCGACGUACCGGUGGAUUCCGCCAUUGAGAGUUGCUUCCUCGUUUUGGGAUUUAUCUUGGCCCGGAGCAUUGAAGGGCAGCCGACAUCGAUAUUUCGAUGAGGACGAUAAGGCAACAUUAGAAGAGAAAGAGACAAGAAAUAAGAUACCCAGUUUAAAAAAUUGCAGGCUGUAAAUAGCGAAUGAACACUUGUAAAAACCAUAGGCGUGUCUAGAUCAGCAUAUUUAUGAGCUAUGGAGUAUGAAGUAUGACUAUUGCCAUGGGAUUACUCCCGACUAGUGGUGUUAUGUGAGUUGCGAGGAUAUACAGGCUCCUUAUAUAUAGUCGCGAUUGACCCAAGUUUUAAGGUGUCUCCUCCAGCCAGGAAGACGUUUCCCAGAACCGUGAAGUAAC